AUGCCGGGUUGUGCGGUAGCUAAUUGCAAAAAUUAUAAUAGGGUUACGAAAGGAUCUGAUAUAAGGUACUUUCGAUUUCCAAAGAAUGAAGAGUUUGUAAAGCGAUGGGUAGGUGCAUGUCGCCGUGAAGAUGAAAUUAAUUUGAGAAAUGCAUGCAUCUGCUCCGAGCAUUUUGAUGCCAGCUGUUUUGAAAUUCCAUUGCGACAAAAAUUGCUAAAAUACACCCCCAAAAAUAGCCGAUAUUUGAAACCUGAUGCUGUGCCUACUUUACGACUACCAGGAUGUCAUGAUUCCUGCUCACAAAAUCAAGGAGACAGAUCAGCACGACUGAAAAAGAGAACACAACAUAAAAAUGUAGAAGAUAUGCUAAAAGCAAGUACUUCGAUCAUUUUGAAUCUAACACAGCAAAAAAGUACCAAUGAUAUCAGAACUGAGACUACAACGUUGGCUACAGCAGGUAUCGAAAAAGCAAGUGACAUACAGAUAAAAACGUUGAAGGAGAGAAUAGUGGUUCUGGAAAAGCAGAAUAAAGCACUCACUGAGCAGGUUGAAAAAAUAGAAGAAAAAACAGCCUUAAAAUAUAAAGAUGUCUUAGCCAAAGUUUUCACUCCGGGGCAGAUAAAAAAAUUAUUGAAUGCAGGAAAAAAAAGAGUCCGUUGGUCACCAGAGGAUAUUGCAACCGCAAUUUCUUUACGUAGUGUCAGUCCAAAAGCAUAUCGUUAUUUGAGAGUAAACAAUUAUCCUUUACCAGCUUUGUCCACCUUAAGAAGCUGGGUUUCCAGCUUUGACGUACAUCAGGAAGAAGUUGGAUGUUCGAAAGGACCUCAGUGUGAAGAGGAACAAAUAAUUCAAAACACAUUUGUAGAAGCUCUUUACUUGGAGGAUCAUGUGAUUGAUGAAGACAUGUUAAAACUUGUAGACAAUUAUGAAGUGAAAGAGAAAAUUCACCAUGAUUCUUUAAAAGAUGAACAGGACACAGAAAAUGUAGAAGCAAGUAGUGUUUUGAGCACAUCAAAUAAUAGUGACCCUGAACCUGAACCAACCACAUCUGUUUACACUCCUUUAAAAUUAGCACAAGUAAAAAAGAAAAGAAAAUAUGACUGUUUAGAUGCCUCAAUCGAAAAAUCUAGAAAAGCUGUAGAUGUUGCUCUAGAUGAAAUAUCUACCAUUGCUAAGCAAGACAUGUUCAAUAAUUUUGGAAAUCUGGUAGCUUCGCAACUAAAUAGCAUUCCACUAGAAGAAGCUUUGGAGUUGCAAACAGAAAAUACCGGUAUAAUCAACAACAGGUUAUUGCAAAUACAUCAUGCAAAAUCUACCUCAGCAUCUUGGAAAUCUUCCUACCCCAUUACAUUUGUAACAAAUUAUAAUUAUUCCACCGAUCAUUCAUCAGAAAAUACCCAGCCUCCAACACCAGUAUAUCAAGACUUACCAAACCCCAAGAAGAAAAUGAGUGGAACAAUACUUCUGACACCGGAGACCUUGUAG